AUGCAAGCCGCCCAGCUGUCCUGGGAAUUAGAAAAUGCGGUCACCUUAAUCGAUCCUCAGCGAGACGCUCUAUACCAAUACGAUGAGGAAACGCACAAGGCCCUCAGCAACGCCCGCCCAUGGUCAAAGGACCCCCACUACUUUAAGUCAAUUCGCAUAUCUGCAGUUGCUCUCCUGAAAAUGGUUAUGCAUGCUCGCUCCGGAGGUUCUCUCGAGGUCAUGGGUCUAAUGCAAGGCUAUAUCCUCCCAGAGACAUUUGUCGUAACCGAUGCUUUCCGCCUCCCCGUUGAGGGCACAGAGACUCGAGUCAACGCUCAAGAUGAAGCGAACGAAUACAUGGUCUCAUACCUUCAGGCUUGCCGUGAUGCAGGGAGAAUGGAAAACGCAGUUGGAUGGUACCACAGUCACCCCGGGUACGGAUGCUGGCUCUCGGGCAUCGACGUCUCCACACAAGAUAUGCAACAACUCGGCGGGCCGUUUGUUGCUGUUGUCAUUGAUCCCGAACGAACUAUUUCCGCAGGGAAGGUAGAUAUCGGUGCAUUCAGGACAUUCCCCAAGGACUAUACGCCACCAAAAGAGGAGCAAGAGGAAGACGAGUACCAGACCGUUCCGUUGAACAAGGCAGAGGACUUUGGAGCCCAUGCAUCUCAUUACUACUCACUUGAGGUUUCUCUUUUCAAAAGCGCCCUCGAUACAGAGAUUCUCUCACUGCUGUGGAACAAGUACUGGGUGGCCACUCUCAGUCAAAGCCCCCUAUUCACCACGCGCGAUUAUGGAAGCAAACAAAUACUAGACCUCAGUCAGAAGACUAGGCGAGUAGCCCGAGGGAUCGAGACCAACUCCUCUCGAGGUGGUGCACCUACUCAGAUCAAAGACCCACAACUCGACCGAGUAGUAAAGGAUGGCCAACGAAUCGUGUCGGAGGAAGUAAAGGGAUUACUCGCCUCCGAAGUGAAAAUGCAGCUUUUUCAAGGUAUUGGUGAAAAGACAACGACAGGAUCCAGUUGA